AUGCUACAUUAUCUGUUGUCAAUCGCACUGUUCAUAUUUGAAAACAAACUAGAGCUAUUUGUAUCCGGCUUACUCGCAAUCGUCGUCUAUUUUCUAUGGCCGGCCCAAGAGGAAAAAGACGAUGUUAUGAAUUGGAAAUCUGUCCCAAAUUCCCCGGUUCACAACAGUCCAGAAACGAUUGUGGAGCCGCCGAUUGGGAAAAGUCCAUCUUCCUACUCGAGUCCAAUGAAGAGGGGAUUGUGGUCACUGAGCAAAGAGGACACAACACCAGACAAGGUACGUGGAUCUUGGGAGAAGCUAACAAAACAACCGCCACGAGAACUCUACGAACCCGCUGAUCAAGAACAAGUUCCAUCCAACAUCAAACCAGAAAUUUUCUUUGUUCUAAAAGCACUGGAAGGUCUAGAACUACCCAGAACGUGGCAAUUGGAUCCAAGAGAUGUGGAUACUUUAUCUAUAGAUUCCGGAAAUGUUCUGUUAGCUCCAGGAGAUCCGAACGACGUGAUAGUGGUGGUGAUUUCUGGAGAAUUGGGGAUUUUCACAACGGUUAACUCGGCUGACAAGCACUAUGAAUGUAACAUGAAGACUUUGAAAAGUGGAGAAUCCUAUUUCUCACAAACCUCGAUUAUUGAGAUUCUGAUGAAUGAGCAACCGAAAAACAAGUACAUCCACCUGAAAGCUCUCACUAAUUGUCGAGUAGCUAAAUACAAGUUGACCUCGUUUUACACUUGUUUCCUAUCCAGCCCUCAACAAUGGAUUCGGACGAUUCAGGUGGUGAUGACACGUCUACAGCAAUGUACACUGAUUACUUGCAAUAUGUAUUUGGGAAUCGGUGGAAAGUGUAUUGAUGCGGUCAAAAAGUUUGAAUGUCAAACUGGGACAGUUGUGACCGAGGAGAACUCAUUUGAGAUUGACAUGAUUUUUGUGGCUUUCGGAAGACUGCGAUUGAAAAGAGGCUCUUUGGAGCUUGACGACACUGGAACAUCGUUGGCAUUCGAUGUCCAUCCUGGAGACAUUCUUCCAUCCAUGCAGAUUUUGACAAAUGAACCGGCAAUGUGUACGGCGAAGGCUGUGGAAAAAACGAUUUAUUUUAAGAUUUGUAGAGAAGAAUACAUUCAAUUCCUAUUCGAAUUUCCUGUCAUCUACCUUCGUCUCGCCUUCCGUGCUCUUCAUUUUGUUUCUCCGUUUGCCAGGGUUUUCGACUUGGCUGUCAGCUGGCAUCGAAUUGAAACUGAUAUGGUUAGACCAUUCGGGAAAAAAUCCUUCUCUGUGGACGAGCGAAAAAGCAUUGUGCGUGGUCAUGAACUCGGCGCGCAUCCGAAGAUACUUGCAACUCAGUUUAGUUGUUCUUCCAGCCAAAUUUACCGUAUUCUGAAGAAAAAUCGAGAUGAUAAUGGCGUUGUUCAUCGCCAAUCUCCAGGAAGACCCCGAACCACUUCCAGAAAUAUGGAUCGGAACAUUUUGCGCGCAUGCCGAGAAGAUCCUAGACGCACAUCUACGGAUAUUCAACUUUCUGUGACGUCUCCAAAUGAACCGGCACCAUCGAGAAGAACUAUUAGAAGACGUUUGCAAGUUGCUGGACUGCACGGACGAAGACCAGUCAAAAAACCACUCGUCAGUUUGAAAAACCGAAAAGCUCGCGUUGAAUGGGCUAAACAGCACUUGUCCUGGGGCCCCCGUGAGUGGGCAAAUCACAUCUGGAGCGAUGAAUCGAAGUUCAAUAUGUUCGGAACUGAUGGUAUUCAGUGGAUUCGACGUCCCAUUGGCUCCAGGUAUGCUCCACAGUACCAAUGUCCAACUGUGAAACAUGGAGGUGGAUCUGUGAUGGUUUGGGGAUGCUUCUCCGACACUUCUAUGGGACCAUUGAAGAGAAUCGUUGGAACCAUGGAUCGAUAUGUGUACGAAGACAUCCUGGAGAACACAAUGAGACCAUGGGCAAGAGCAAAUUUGGGCCGAUCGUGGGUGUUCCAACAGGACAAUGACCCGAAGCAUACUUCGGGUCAUGUCGCCAAUUGGUUCAGACGUCGCCGUGUGAACCUCCUAGAAUGGCCAAGUCAAUCUCCAGACUUGAAUCCCAUCGAGCAUAUGUGGGAGGAGCUGGAACGCCGCCUCAAAGGAGUCAGAGCAUCCAAUGCCAAUCAAAAACAUGGUGACAAAUCCGACUGCAUGUACAUUGUGAUGGGCGGACGUCUUCGCGCCGUCGACUACACCAAAAUCAUUGAGGAGUACGGUAGACUCGACCUUAUUGGAAUCACGGAUAUGGCUGAAAAACGGGCUCGUCGAAAUACGGUGAUGGCAGUGAGAUUCUCGCAUAUCGUUUGCAUUCCGGACAAUUUGCUAAGUUUCGUGAAGAUUCGAUAUCCACAGGUGGGCAACAAACUUCUUCAGCUGAUCAGCAAGUGUUGGAAAACGCCGUCUCCAGAAGCCAUGAGCCACGUGGAGACCACAAAGAUUCAGAAUCUUCGAACAAUUGCCAUUGUGCCCGCAUCGAAGCGUGUCCCUCUAACAGCUUUCACUUGUGAACUCUACAACCACUUAUCAAAACAUGUCAAGUCGCUUCGUUUGAGUAGUACGGUAAUUGGAAACUAUUUCGAGCCGGAAGUCAUCCCAAAGAAAGCGGAUUUCGGUUUGAUGCACUGGUUGAAUGUUCAGGAAAUUGCCUAUUCAUUGGUUUUGUAUCAAUGUGAUUUUAAUAGGACCAGUUGGACAAGAAGAUGUCUGAGAAUGGCUGAUGCGAUUUUGGUAGUCGCGAUUGGGAAUGAAAGUCGAGAUCAGCAAGUUCUGGCGGAUUCCCUACUAUCAUGCAAUGAAAAGGGUGUUCGCCAAUCCAAAGAAUUGGUCAUCUUGUGGCCAGAAAACACACCAACACCACGUGGCACAGCAGAUUGGCUCCGAGAGUCCUACUACUCUGGAUAUCAUCACUUAAGAGCUCCAAACCGAGUUUUCAGUUUUCCGGUGAAAACGCAAGAGAGAAAAAUUGUGGACUAUUACGAAUCGUCGGUCUUGUGUGAAAUCAACUACCAAUCCGAUUUCUCGAGACUCGCUAGGAUUCUAACUGGGAACGCAAUUGGGGUUGUGUUUGGAGGAGGUGGUGCUCGCGGAGCAGCACAUGCCGGAGCAUUGAAAGCAAUCAUUGAGAAGAAAAUUCCGAUUGAUAUGGUUGGGGGGACAUCGAUAGGAGCGUUGUUUGGAUCGCUGUACGCUACGACUCCGGAUAUUCGAGCAGUCGGAAGGAUGAAGAACUUUUUCACUGAUCGCCUCCGAAACAAUAUUCUCGAUGUUCUCCGUGAUUUGACUUGGGCCUACUGUGCAAUUCUCACUGGUCACCGGUUCAAUUUAUGUGUUCAAAGGAUGCUGGACGAGGUGAAAAUUGAAGAUUGCUGGAUUUCGUUCUUCUGCAUUUCUACGGAUUUGACCACAUCAUCUAUGCGAAUCCAUCGAAGUGGUCUCAUGUGGCCAGUAGUUCGAAGUUCGAUGUCGAUCGCUGGAUACGUGCCGCCCAUUUGCGAUCCACAGGAUGGUCAUUUGUUGUUGGAUGGGGCUUAUGUGAACAAUUUGCCAGCUGAUAUCAUGAAAUCCCUUGGAGCCAGUGUGGUGAUAGCAAUAGAUGUUGGGAUGUCGGAUGAGAAUGAGAAUUUGAGAAAUUAUGGAUACUCGAUUAGUGGUGUGUGGUUUUUUUUUGAAAUUUCCAAAUUUUCGAAUUCCCGAACCUGGUGCCUAUUCAAACGUUGGUGGCCAUUUGGAGAGGAGCUUCGCGUAUUGAACAUGUCUGAAAUCCAGAAUCGUCUUGCCUAUGUUUGCAGUGCCAAUCAGAUGGAGACUGUCAAAAACGCGCCCUACUGUUACUAUGUGAAAUUGCCGAUUGAGAGUUUUGGCAUUUUCGAUUUCUCGAAAUUCGAUCAAGCGGCUCAAAUUGGUUACGAUGUGACAUCUCAAAAAAUGGAGGAGUACUUUGAAGACUCAAUGAUAACGCGUCGAAAACUUUUGGGAUGUGCUCGGAAUGUUGGACUGACUCCUCAAAAAUCUAAAAACGAUAAUCUUCUGUCAUUCGUGAAUAUGCCAUGUCUUCCGAGAACUUUUAAUGAUGUGAAAUCUGAUUGA